GAAAGUAUUUGCCUAUAAUGUUAUAGGUUAUUUAUGAUAUGAAGUAAAUGCACUUAUAAAGAAAGCACUACAGAGUUUGCUACAUUAUAACCUUGCGAAUUUUCCUAUUUUCGGUUAUAUGAUAUAUGAAACACACUAACUUUUUCGACCACAGGAGGGCAAUGUUUAACUGGCUGUCAGCGCGCAUUUGGUCUCGUGCUCCUAAAUUAGCAACGUCACACAGGCGCUCUUGAUUGAAGUUGGUCAGGUGUGGCUAGACAUUUUGUCAUAGUAUCAGUAAAUCCAAAAUUCAUUUGAAAGGGUGAGUCUUCUUCCUUAAAUCAAUACGUAUUGGCAAAUACGCCUAAAUAAGAAGGCAAGAGCUUAACGGUGGGUGUGAAGUGGGGGCCCUUGUGCGUUGGUCUCCCAGCAGAUAGAGGUCUGUGCUCGUCGUCUGCUCAUCCAUGGACCUGGCCGUGUCUCAGCGCCGCCACAACCCCGUGGACAGCAUCUGCCGCAAGCUGAAGACCAUCCAGCGCCGCAACGAAGAGGCUGACUCCUCGCCCUUCCACAUCCCCCGCUUUCAGUCCAGCAGCUACGACAGCCCCCAGCCCGGGCUCCGCUGCAACCUGGAGUCCAUCUUGAAAAAGCGUGCCAACCGCUCCGCGCACCCCGACUCCCCUGCUGCGGUCGCGUCCACCACCGUCGUUUCGUCUUCCUCCUCCUCUACCGCCGUCGCCUCGGGCAUGUUGACCCCGACCGGCUCCCCCGGGAGGCCUCAGAGUCGGAGAGCGACCCUUGGGGCGAGUGCGGCUUCACCGCUGGUGACCCCCUUCCCAGUCAACGCCACCUACACAAUCACCAGCACGCUGAUGGACCGGCAGACUUUUGGGUUCGGGCAGAAACGGGAUUGGCAGCGAACCAGCUCCACGCCCGCGGCCCCCCAGUCUGAGACGGACGGGUACUUCACGUUUGGACGCAGCACCCCCUACAGGCAGCCCGAGGCGAGGGAGACGCCAGCUGCCAUGGCGGAGGGGGAGAGGGAGAGGAGACGGAGCCCCACGCACAGUCUGCUGUCCUACAACCGAAACUUCUGGUCCACAGAUACCUCCACUCUGCUGGAGGGUGAUGUGGGCUACCCAGCCCUGGUGGUGAAGAGGCUCUCCAUGGGAGACGGUGGUCGGACGUCCUCAGAUCCCAACAAGGAGACCAUGACGACCGAGGUCAGUCUCCUCUGUGAGGAGGAUCUGCUGGACACCAUCUUCCACGCCUGUGAUACUCAACGCAGAGGUAAGGUGUACGUGUCCCGGAUCGUGGACUACCUGCGGCACACCACCAGCCGGAGCUCAGAAGACAGCGGCCUGGAGGAUCUGUGCAACAUGCUGGACCCGGAGCGCAAGGACAUCUCCAUCGAUCUGGACACCUACCACGCCGUCAUGAAGGAGUGGAUCGAUGACUGUCGCAAUCAGGAGGAUGACACAGCAGAGAACGUGACGCAGGAGUUGGUGAAAGUACCAGACAGUUUAGCAGCGAAGAGAUCAGUUCUGUUGAACAUGACCUCAGGUAGCCUUGAAGCGUUUGGUGGAGAGACGUCCAAAAGUGACCUGGAGACCUCGGACCUGAUCUACUGCGUGGCGGACCUCCAGUUCACCAACCAGAAGCUGCAGGACGAUAUCCGCAAGCUCAAGCAGGCCAUGGAGCUCAUGGAGGACACCAACCAGAAGCUCAUCGAGGAGAACGAGGACCUCAAGUCUCAGGCCAGAGUGGGGCAGCAGCUGCUGCAGAAAGAGAAGAUGCUGAAGGAGGAGGUGGAGGAGAUGAAGAUGACACUGAGCUCGUCCGAAGAGAGCCGUGCGCGGGCGUCCGCCCAGAGCAAACAGACGGAGCGAGAGAACCAGGGUCUCAUUUCAAAGAUCUCUGCCCUGCAGGAAGAGAACAUCAAAGUCAUGAUGGAGAUGGAUGACCUUCUGAAGAAAAUGCGAGAGCUGUGUGAUCUCAAUGCCGACCUCCAGGUUCAGGUCCAUUCAUUCGAAGCUGUUCUGAGGGAAAGGGAUUCUGUAAUACGUGGGAAAAACCUUCAGAUAGAGGAUCUCAAGGUAGCUGUAUUGGAGUACUCAUCUGUUACUGAGCUUUUGAGGGCAGACAAGACAAAGCUGGAGAAUCAGAUGCAGAUGAUGCAGCCAGAUAUAACCACUUCGGGCCUGUCUCUGUCGGUGGCGUUCCGGCUGAACCAGACCAGUCUGGGCUCCCUGCAGACGGAACUGGCCAUGGCACAGAAUCCUCUAGAGGGUGUGGAGCGCUUCUCCUCCUCCAUGAGUGUGACCUCCCCGCUGGACGAGACUCUGGACAGGGAGGUGCUGCUGCUGCUGCAGGGCCCCACGCCGGAGCAGCAGUCCCAGGAGUUCAAGGCCCACAUCCGCAGACUGAGGAAAGAGUUCCAGGAGAACAACUACGCUGUCUUAUCAGCAUUGAGGAGCCUGUCAGCCGCACAUGAUGGACAGGAGAUUUCUACCAGUCAGAAGCUUCAGGUUGAGUUGGAGCGGCGCCGGAGGGACUGGGCCCAGGCUCUGGAUCAGCUGCAGCAGUACACCGACUCCCUGGAGAAAGAGCUGCUCAAGAUGGCCAGCAACAUGCGCCGUUCCCGCACCGAGAUCCUUCACCUGUCAUGCAGGGUCCAGGAACAGGAGAAUCAGAAGCAGCAGCUAAAGGAUGAGCUGGACCAGCUGAAAACCCCACAGGACAGCAGAGAGGCCAGUUGCCAAACACCUGAUGUACCAGAGGUUGAAGAGGACCCCGACGCCCCAUCGUUGGAGUGGGAAGAGGAGUAUGUGAUUCCAGAGUCCCCUCUACCACCGCCACUGUCUAACGCAGAGAACUCCGCUCCGCUUCGAGGAAGCUACGAGUCGCCGGACUCGAGGGAGACGGGCGAAGAAGAGCAGCGGUCCGAGUCGCGGUCCAGAGACGGGGAGGAAGAGGAGGAAGAGGAGGAGGAGAAACAAAACGGCAGUGAGAGGGGAGAGGAAGGGCAGCUGGACUCUGGCGUGGAGGAGGAGGAGACGCCACAGGGAGACCUCGCCCGCUCACGGAGCGACAUUCCGGAAGCUUCUGAGAGCGGUCCGAUCACCGGAACCAGAGACACCCCACAGCCACAGGAGGAAGUUGGAACAGAAUCCACUGGAUCACAGGAAAGAGUCAGUUUCCCAGAAUGCACUGGACCCGAGGACGCCCACGAGCAGUCUGCGUGUGCUGAGCAGCGAGAUCCUGCUCCUCGUCCUCCCACACACACUCCAGCAGCUGACCCUGUGCCCUCUGAAACCUGUGAGGCCAACCCAGAGCUGCAGUCCCCUCCUUCAGAAGCUUCCCCAGGACAAGAGGAGAUGGUUUCUCCCAGCAACACACCUGCUGAGCUGGGUGAAACCAUUUCUCUGUCUCCCAGGUGUGCGGAAGCCGUGUCAGGAGAGAGCGCACCAGGAGAGGAGGGGUCCAGCGCCAUGAGCCUCAACGACUCACAGAAGCUGUCUCAGCAGUCUCCUGACUUCACUGGGGCACUGGAAAGUCACAGAACCAGUCUGCUGCCUGUGGCAGAGGAGGAAGAGACCGCAGCAGAAUCUGCUACAGAUACCGUCGCCAUGGCAGGUGCAAACGCUGCAUCAUCAGACGUCACUACGGCAACCAGUGGUGUAAACGGUGCCCCUGCUGACCCCCCAGACAAGGUCAACAACGAAACCCAGGUCAGCAGUGACCCCUCUGCUCUCAAAACAGGCCAAUCAGACGCGACCGCAGGCCAGUCUCCUCCAGGGGGCGACAGAGACUCCCCACCAAACAAGCAGAAGAAGGAACUGAUACGGACAGCUUCCCCUAUGACUCCUUUAAAUGGAUUUAAGGAAUGUGGUUGGUCUGGCCUUCCCAGUGGAGAUGUUCGCACUUUGGCAGCUCUGCAGAAGGAGCAGAGUACAGAGGCCCUUGGGGGACAUAAAGCACAGGAGGACAGCGAGGUGUCUACUGCGACGGAAAAGGAAGGUGAGACCUCAGUUGUGACUGAAGAUGCCAGCGACCAGGAAGACAGGAGAAACAGCUGGAGCCUGUCCGCAAGUGAAAAGGAAAUUGAGACUGAGUUCCACCGCCUGUCUCUGGGCUUCAAGUGUGACAUGUUCACCCUGGAGAAGAGGCUGAGGCUGGAGGAGCGCUCCCGCGACCUGGCCGAGGACAACGUCCGCAGGGAAGUGUCCAGCUGCCAGGGCCUGCUGCAGGCUCUGAUCCCGCUCUGUGAGGAUGACGGUCAGUCCAUGGAGAUCAUCCAUCGGCUGCAGAAGAACCUGGACAUCCUCACCCAGUCCAUGGUCAGGGUCUCCAGCCGCUCUGAGAUGCUUGGUGCCAUUCACCAGGAGAGCCGGAUCGGUAGGGCUGUGGAGGUGAUGAUCCAGCACGUGGAGAACCUGCGCAGGACCUACACUAAGGAACACACCGAGCUUGUGGAGCUCAGGGAGUCAGUCAACCACAAUGAGCGCUCCUUCGGGUCACACGGUCACACUGACAGAGAUGACUUUAGGAAUAAGAAACCGACUGGGUCACAGUACUUCAAGUCUUCCUCGCGCCGGGUCAGCAUUGCAGUGAUUCCACGCAGCGGUGGAGCAGGGCUUGACAUGUCCAGAUCCCCGGACUCUGGCGACAUGGAAAAUGACAAACUAUCCAGGAGAUCUCCUUGGAAAGGAAGCAGCGGUCAGCGUCCGCCGCUGAAGCGUUUCAUUAGUUCCGGGGGGUGGCCCGAAACUGAGGGUUCUAGACAAGAGGAGGAGCGCAAGGAGGAGCCGGUGGUGGAGAGGAGGAAAUCCAGCCUCACGGAGCUGGGCAUUAAACUCACCUCCCUCAUUAUGCCCUCAAGAUGUCAUUCUGAGCACCCAAAGCCAGACUCCCAGCCCCACCCUUCCCAGGAGCAGACGGCGCCACCAAGCUCUCCUGAGCCCAGCACCACCACCACCACCACAUCCUCUUCCUCAUACUUCUCCGCGUGGCGCCCGGGUCUGAGCCGUGGCCUGUGGGUGUGGGUGGCUGUGGUGGUGGUGCUGGCCGGUCUCCUGGCCCUGCUGGCCAGCCUGGUACUGCAGCCCGCGGUGGAUGCGGCUCCAGUGGGCACCGGGGACUCCUGGAUGACCAUCCAGCAGCUGUUGUGGCCCUACACCAGCCUCCGGCACAAUGGCCAGCCCCCCGUCUGAGCUGAGUGCCCAAAGGGAGAAGGGAUGGACAGUUGGGACAGGCACCACGGGGGGGGGGGGGACCGGACAGUGACCCCCCACCCCAACCUCUUCCCUGCACUACGAGCUACCGGUGCCGCAUUCACCACUUUGUGUUUUUUAGUUUACCUGAGUGUGUGUGUGUGUGAUGCACCUGAGCUGCAGCAGCAGUAUUUUCUGUCUGCGGCUGUGGCAUUGUAACUUGCAACACUUAUCUCACCUGUCCUUGUUCCGCUCUAUGCUCGUCUGCUCUGGUCUGGUUGGAUAAACUCAACGUGCUGCGCUGUCCUCUUCCCACCCAAGGAAGGGAGUGCUGCCAUGGAAACUGACAUGCAAUACGGACAAAUGACUGUGUAGGCUCCCCUGUUGCCUUGUCGACUUGAGCACACAAUAGGCGUAUUUGUUGCGUGGUGGCUGGGUGCAUUACUGAAGUAAGCACUCUCCAUUUCUGCCCCAUACACUGCCUCGUUCUUCUCUUAGCAGACAGGAAGUUUGGCUGCCUGAUUUUGAAAUAAUCACUAUUUUAUUUUCAUCGUACCAUCUUUUUCUGAAUCCAAGAUGGCACUUGGGCUUGACAGGAGAUGCUGCCUUUUAAGUUCAUUUAUUUUUUCCUCCACUGACAGAUUUUAAUAGCAGCUGCUUUUGUAAUGCUGCCAUUUCCAAGGGGACACUUAAUUUAUUCUUUUAGCUUUAUGUCAUUAGAAUUAAGAGUGAGGGAGAUUUUAAAGACAAGUUUUGUCUUUUAUUUUAUUUUGGUUUUUUUUGUUACUCUUUGUUACAAGCACAAAAUGGUUUUAUUUCUUGCUGUGUUAAUCACUGUUUUGACUUCAUACACUUUUGUAUGUUCCAAAGAGGGGGAGACAAUGACUUUGCACAAUAAAGUAAUUAAUUGUACUGAGGAGAAUAA